AUCAACAGGUACACAGGCAUACUGCGGACAACAGCUUUAACGGUUGUCCUUUUGAUGCUUCAUACGACCUCUAUUGUCUCGGAGACAUCAGCACAGACAAAGUUUAUCAAAGAUUUUGAUGGUUAUUUGAGUGUUUGUCAACGGGUCGGUUGGGGACCGAAGAAAGGGUGCUCGUCAGUUGGUCAUGUGAUUGCCUUCCAUGCCGCCAUUAAAUCAGAACUCAGUAACGUUCCCGUGAACACAAUCAUAAAAUUUGAGGAUGUUUUACUGAAUAAAGGAAACGGAUAUGAUCCGAAAACAGGGAUUUUUAUAGCUCCAGAGGACGGCGUCUACUUCUUCCAGUGGACAUUUCUUUCAACAAAGAAAUCUUCAGUUUACUUGGAGGCAGUGGUAGAUGGUGCACGGAAAGCAUCGUCCUGUGUUAAUGAUCAACAAAGUUAUCAUGUCAGCACCUCAGGACAUUUGAUUUAUGCACUGAAGAAAGGAAGCAAAGUUUGGAUCAGAACAUUUAAUAUGGCGGCUGGAUACAUGUACCCUGACAAGUACACUUAUUUCUCGGGAUACAAACCAUCCAUGACAAAGCAUGGUAAUUCUUACACAUCAGACUACAGAUCAGGGGGACAAAGACCCCAUCCACACCCGAGGAGAAGAAUGGGAGGAUUUAGAGGAGGUGGUGGAGGUGCCCCCCAGUCCCCCACCAAUGGGAGGAGGAUGAGGAAGGUAGACAUCCAGAGGUCAUGUGACACAGAAUCACGUCCUGAUUGGCUCUCUGGAUUUUAUAUUUUCAAAGGCAUUAAUAUAAUUCAUGUUCUGACUGAUGACGUAAGGCUGCUCGUUGAUUGGUUGAUUGGUCGAAUUGGUGCUGCUGGACAACAAAUAGAAAUACAGCACAGGGACACGACACAGAAAGCGAAAAUAAUGAACACGGCUGCUACCACUAUCACAAGAACCAGUAAACUAGGGAACGACAUGGCGGCUUCAUUCUCUAAUCUAAAAAAAUCUCACAGGUAUACAGGCAUACUGCGGACAACAGCUUUUACGGUUGUCCUUUUGGUGCUUCAUACGACCUCUAUUGUCUCGGAGACAUCAGCACAGACAAAGUUUAUCAAAGAUUUCGAUGGUUAUUUGAGUGUUUGUCAACGGGUCGGAUGGGGACCGAAAAAAGGAUGUUCUUCAGUUGGUCAUGUAAUUGCCUUCCACGCGGCCAUUAAAUCUGCUCUCAGCAAUGUUCCUGUCAACACAAUAAUAAAAUUUGAGGAUGUUUUGCUGAAUAAAGGAAACGGAUAUGAUCCUAAAACAGGAGUUUUUACAGCACCAGAAGACGGAGUCUACUUCUUUGAGUGGACAUUUAUUACUACCAAGAAAUCGUCUGUUUAUAUAGAGGCGGUGGUUGAUGGUGUGCGGAAAGCCUCGACUUGUGUCUAUCACCAGCAAAGCAACCACGUCAGUACCUCAGGGCAUUUGCUUUAUGAGCUGAAGAAAGGAAACAAAGUUUGGAUCAGAACAUUUUAUAUAACGGCUGGAUACAUGUACCCUGACAAGUACACCUAUUUUUCAGGAUACAAAAUAAGCUAUUUCUAGGUAGCACGGAGAAAAUAUACAUACAUAUAUGUAUAUUUGAUCAAAAAAAGCAUGAGUGAAGUCAUUGUUUAUAUUCAAAAUGAAAAUGUUUGA